GUACAUUCUACAGCAUCAUUACUACAAAGUUGAAAUCUCACUUUGAAAAGGUGCCAGAGGAUAAUGAUGAUUUGGAUUUAGAGCCUUACUUUAUGGCAUAUCUUAUGUUCCUGUUGGGAACUGUGGUUAUUCCUAACAAUACCAGAGGUAUUUCUGCAAUGUUUCUACCACUCCUAGAAAAAAAGAAGGUCAACAAGUAUGUUUGGGGUGCAGCAGUGUUUGCUGUCCUCAAAACAUCAUUAGAGGCAGCGAAGAAAAAACUUCUUGAAAAGAAAACCACAACCCUAUGUGGUUUUUCUUAUGCUCUGCAGAGCGUUUUCCUGUCAUACGAAGUGAAGUAUCUCCACCAU